CAGAGGAACUAACUUCAUUAUUUCAAAUAGAAGAGAACUAAGAAGUCAGCCUUUCAACUCAUUCUGGUCAGAAGCAAAAGAGUCUUCGAUAUUUUGAGUACAAGAGCAAAGUCAAAGAUGUUCAGCAGGUCCCAAAAAAGACCAUGGUUUCUUCUCCAGUACUGCAAAGACUACUUCCGGUUUCUUUGAGUAUUUAUUACAAUUAUCACAUUGGAAGAGCGAACUGUCUCUUGGCAAGCAAGCACAUAACACAGCACAAAUCCGAAAAUAGCAGUCCAAAAAGGAUCCCAUCAAAUCCUUGUUCCCUUCAUCCUACAAGAAGCAAAGGAUCGUCUCAUCUCAUCCUCAAUCAAGAGACUCCUCGCUCCGUGCCGUUCCAGUCCCCCGUCCUCCACCCCCGAACGGAGCCAUGCACCCCGCCGCCUAUGCAUCGAACGCAUAAAAACCCCCAACCCACCAAUCAAGAAAAUCCAUCCAUCCUUCACACACACCCCUUUUCCACACCCACCCACCCAACCAACCCGUUCGUUCAUUCGGAGCCAAAAAGAAAGGCCGAGGGAUGGAUGGAUAUAUUUGUCAUGCAAUAACAUUCCAAAUUCCUUUCUAGAAAGAAGCCUGCCUAUUUCGGGACACGAUGCCGAGAUUAGGGCACCAACCUCUUCCUUUCUAGAAUUUCCUCUACCUAGGUAGCAAGGAAGAAAAGACAUGCGAGCUAGAAGUAACAUGUGUCAUUACCC